AUGGAGCUCAAGACAGGCAGCUACAUCGUUGGCAUCUUGCGUCCCAUCGUCGAGAAGGUUGGCCCCGAGAACGACCUCAUGCUCCAGCUCACCGAGAACGUCCGCGACCACCUUGACGAGCAUGCGGAAGAGGUCCUGUCAAGGGGAGAGGUGGGGGAGAUUCGGAAGAUUGUGCUGGUCCGUUGGGACAAUGGGAUGGCGUGCAACAUGCACUUGGUUGGUCGCAUCCUCAACCCGGCCAACCAGGAAGAGGGAAUCUUCCGCACUGACCUGGAGUGCACGAAGGUCUUCAAGCAGUACGUGUCCAAGCACUUCGACGACCAAACAGUCACCAGGAAGGACGGGGUCGAGCGCCGCGCCUCCCUCGUCAUCCAGGAAGGUUUCACUGCCUUCCUGAACCUCCAGGGCAGUGUCGGCAUGCCCAACGCCAAUGCUGUCCGUCAGACAGUGAAGGAGGGCAAGAUGACCGCGGUGGCCUGGUGGACGUGGCAAGUGACCAAUCAUCCCGAGCUCACCACGCUUGCAUGUCGCGUCCUGACUCAGCCGGUGUCCACAUCACCAUGUGAGCGGAACUGGGUGAAGUUUGAUGCAGUGCAUACGGCAAGGAGGAACCGCCUCGGUGCGGAGAUGCUUCGGGACCUUGUGUACGUGACGCACAAUUGGCGCCAGCACCACAUGCUCGGUCCUCCCGCUGCACACCGCCUGCCCUUUGUUGCCCUCCUCACUGCUGCUUGA